AUGUACAACGGUAUUGGACUCAAGACGGCACGUGGAACGGGCACGAAUGGGUACGUGCAACGCAACCUCUCCAACUUCGAGGCUGGAAAGAAGCGGUGGAACAAGCGUGAUGCGACCGAUGAGGUCGGGUCGGAUACACGUCUUGGUCCCGACGCAGCGAUUUUGGAGCACGAGCGAAAGCGAGCGGUGGAAGUGAAGUGCAUGGAGCUGCGCGUCGAGCUCGAGGACGACGAUGUGGCCGAUGACGAGAUCGAGGAGCGCGUAGCCCAACUUCGCGAGACGCUGAAUGCACAGCUGGCGGAGCAGACGAACGAGUCAGCAGCAUCGUCUUACGAAAGCGGUAGAGCAAAAGAGACUCGACUGCGUCAUAUGGGCACGCAUCAGCAAAUCCAGACUAAGCAGCACUUGGAUCGACGCUUCGCAAUCGCGGUUGGUGUCGAGAGCGGAUAUCGACAAGCCGACGCAUUCAACCGCGACCUGCAGGAGCUCAAGAAAUCCGAGCGCAUCCACCAACAACGUCAGGCGUACCAACAGAGACAGCUCGCGCGAGCAAGCCACGCUUCCACCCAGCCUCCACCCCAUCCUCCCGCACGUUGCUCUUCCACACACUCCCAAUCCACCUCGUCCAGCUCGCCAUCUUCACCGCCACGCAAGAGAGCCAGAUCGCGCUCCGCAUCACAAGACUCGUCCGCUCGCUCCAGCUCGAGCCACGCAAGCCCCCGUAGCCCCACCCCCCGCACCACAUCACACGUCGCAUCCUACUCUUCCUACUCGUCUCGUUCUCGUUCUCGCUCUCGCUCUCGCUCUCCGCUAUCCCAUUCGCGCUCUUCGCGCUCGCGCUCCCGUUCUCGUUCUCGUUCUCGCUCUCGCUCUCGUUCUCCGCUAUCCCAUUCGCGCUCUUCGCGCUCCCGUUCACCUUCACGCUCGCGCUCACCUUCUCGUUGCGCCUCGUCGCGCUCUCGCAGUCCGGCGCACAGACCGCGCAGACACUCGUCGUCUCGCGUGAACCCGCCCGGCCCCCCACCGCGCCGACCUGCCGGCCUCUAA